AUGGAGGGAAAUCCACCUGUGAAUCCGAUCCCAAACGAAGCUACCGUGAAGCGUUACAAAUCAAUUUGGCGUGUGGUGCUUAUUUUCAACUUCGCUCUUGGCGGGUAUAUGUUUUGGCAAUCGGGUAAGAAACCAAGAGGAAAAGAGAAAACUGCGGUCCCCACUGAAGAAGUUGCUCCCGAAACUCCCGUUAUCGUGACCCCUCCAGUUGAACCUGAGCCAGUACUUCCUACUCCUAUCACGAGUCCCGUGAUAGUGCGACAGCCUGUCACAGAAGACCAGCAACGUGAAAUUUUCAACUGGAUUUUGGAAGAGAAAAGAAAGGUGAAACCCACGAGUCGAGAGGAGAAGAAACGUAUAGAUGAGGAGAAGGCCAUUCUCAAAGAGUUCAUUCGUGCAAAUUCGAUUACACGGAUUUGA